AUGAUUCAACUCGAACUAGAGAAUGAUGCCAUUUCCCCUUGGAUAAAGCUAGCAGGCUUGUGGGAAUUAUUGAACUACGAAUAUUUUGACGGAAUUCUGUCCUCUUAUUAUGCCCACCUUAACCAAGCCGCCUCCGUCGUUCGGCUCGCCUUAGGAAGCAACACCAUCGACAUUCUGAAAUUGAGCGGAGAGCAAACUUUCGAUCUUCGUUGUAUUGCAUGGGCCGACAUCCUAAGUAGCAUGGCGCUUACUCGUCCCACCUUGCUCAACUAUGAAUCGGAUAUUCACAACCGACCUCAAUACGACGACUCUGGUGAUCCUGACAAAGGAGUAGAAUGGCGCACUGAGACAUGCUUGCAUUUCAUUCGAGGAAAAGUAGAAUGUGGGCAUGAAAUUCAACAACUUGUCUGUGAUUGGAAAUUUCGACCCGUCCCUGCACAACGUUCGGCGUUACGAGUAGCACGAGUUGCCUCACAGGAGAUAUGGCGUCACGCAGCUAUUUUAUACAUACAUCAGUCGAUACUCAAAUCUGAUUCCAGUAAUCCUGUUGUAAGAAACUCGGUCAAACUUAUCAUCCAAAUUGCGUCUACACUCAUUCCUGGAGUAAACCCCGAUUGUUUCCUUGCAGUCCCAUAUUUCAUUUCUGCUGAAGGACUGCAUCAAUACCCGGAGCUCAUCGGGCUUAUUUACGGCGAGCUUUAUUUUGUAGUCGCACCUUCCUUUGGUUUCGUCCUUGUUCGGACACAGCCGGACGGUCGUGAGGAAAUACUUGGAUGCAUUCUUGGCACACCCGACACCCGCAAGUUCGAACCGGCAAUCGACGAGCAGUGGUUUUCCCAGCUCCGGUCAGACUAUCCUCAGAAUCCGUACCCAUUCAACUCUACUCAGGCUGACCGUGUUAUGAUCGACCGUAUUCACCAACCUGAAACGACGCCCCCAGAGGUUCUUGCCACAACUCGCGCCCACAUUCAUAUUGAUUUGCUGCCCCAAGCACAAAGACAAGGAUGGGGAUCAAAGUUGAUGGGGAAAGCUGUGAAUUACCUCAAAAAACAGGGUUGUGACUCAUUAUUCGUUGGGAUUGAGCCGAGAAUGCACGCGGCCGUGCAUUUUACCUCGCGUUGGAUUCAAGCAUCAUACUUCAUGGGGAGAUUAUUAUCGUCUCGACUUUAA